AUGAAUAACCUAAUGCUUAUAAACACUGCUCUUCAAUGUCAAGCUGUAUGUAGAGAUACUGUACAUCUCUAUGGUAACGUCACAGACCGGUCUCUGUGUUAUAAUAUACAUCUCUAUGGUAACGUCACAGACCGGUCUCUGUGUUAUAAUAUACAUCUCUAUGGUAACGUCACAGACCGGUCUCUGUGUUAUAAUGUACAUCUCUAUGGUAACGUCACAGACCGGUCUCUGUGUUAUAAUAUACAUCUCUAUGGUAACGUCACAGACCGGUCUCUGUGUUAUAAUAUACAUCUCUAUGGUAACGUCACAGACCGGUCUCUGUGUUAUAAUGUACAUCUCUAUGGUAACGUCACAGACCGGUCUCUGUGUUAUAAUAUACAUCUCUAUGGUAACGUCACAGACCGGUCUCUGUGUUAUAAUAUACAUCUCUAUGGUAACGUCACAGACCGGUCUCUGUGUUAUAAUAUACAUCUCUAUGGUAACGUCACAGACCGGUCUCUGUGUUAUAAUGUACAUCUCUAUGGUAACGUCACAGACCGGUCUCUGUGUUAUAAUGUACAUCUCUAUGGUAACGUCACAGACCGGUCUCUGUGUUAUAAUGUACAUCUCUAUGGUAACGUCACAGACCGGUCUCUGUGUUAUAAUGUACAUCUCUAUGGUAACGUCACAGACCGGUCUCUGUGUUAUAAUGUACAUCUCUAUGGUAACGUCACAGACCGGUCUCUGUGUUAUAAUGUACAUCUCUAUGGUAACGUCACAGACCGGUCUCUGUGUUAUAAUGUACAUCUCUAUGGUAACGUCACAGACCGGUCUCUGUGUUAUAAUGUACAUCUCUAUGGUAACGUCACAGACCGGAAGAGGUAUGCACAAGGGUCACACCUGACCCAACACGUUGAAUACCGUCAUUGCCUGUCAAUCGUCAAGACAACGGUAACUCACCAUGGCACUUGUUAUUUGAAGUAUGGUUGCUAAUGAGAUGACUCUCUCUCUCUCUCUCUGUGAAUCUCUCUGUGAUCGAUAGGAAAGGUUCAGUCUUAAGUCUGCAGAACGGAUGGUAAUGGAUAUAUGUUAUCGCUAACUCAUCCUGAUUGUGUUGCUUUGGCAACUCAUCUUGGCUCGCUACCAUGGCUACAGCGUCUCUAAUAACAUAUCCUAGCUUUGCUACUGUGUCUUGUUUCGGAUAGUCGUUCUUCA